GUUUUAAAAAAUGUGAAGUCCGUACAAGUUAACAUAUCGCUUCACUUGUUUUCACAAUUAAAUUUACAGAAGUUAAAAAAAAUGUAUUCGAAACUUCUGCUUGUGUAUGCUUUGGUGGUUGUGGUGCUAUGUGGAACAACCCAUGGUGAGAAGAAAUGCAAACCAAUACUGAAUUAUAUGUGCAAAUUCCUUUCCCAGAAAGGCUAUGGUAUUACUAAUAUGACCAAAGACGCCUACCGUGCGAGUAUAGGAAGAAUAGAAGAGUUUUUACCCUUGUUCCAUUUAAAAUGUGCAAAUGAAAUAUCGCCAUUUAUAUGCGCAAAUUAUUUGACUCUCUGUAAAAAUGACCGGAUAAAGACAAUUCGACCUUGUCGGUCACUUUGUGAAAAAUCUAGAGCAGGCUGUGAACCGCUUAUGAGAAAAUACAGUUUUCGUUGGCCAUUUGCUUGCAGUCAAUAUCCAAGCGAAUCAGACGGAGAAUGUUUUAAGUUCAGCGACGUGAAUAAUGAAAGUUCAUUUAAACCAGAAAAUAAAACACAGAAGAAACAUCAAGUCGAAGGCCAAAUUAGCGGUACAGUAGGGUCAACUUUGAUAAUGGAAUGUGCUGAAGGCUACGUUGUUGAUGUGCAGAAUGUUACCCACUCAAAUUCUGAAUGCUGUGAUAAACUUUCAAAAGGUAUCUUGACGAAUUUCUGUCACAACAAAUCCACUUGUAAAUUUCAGAAUUCAGAGAGCACAUUUGGAGCACAUUGCAAAGGCAAAAUUGGUACGGUUAAAGUAGAGUACAAAUGUAAGAAAACAUCGAACAAGAAAAAAAGUUGUUAAGACUUGUUAUAAAGAAAUCUGCCAAUUAUAACUAAUAGGUUUUUAGAUGAUUAAAAUUCUGUAAUGGUAAUUUUGUUUUCAUAUAAUUUCUCAUUGAAUCAAAA